GCUUUUCCCUCGAAAAGACAGACCACUUUCAGUUCCUUGCUUACUUGUAAUUGUAUUGUUGUGGCGGCUAGGCCUAUUCAACCGUAAUAUAUUUAUCACACUUGUCGGUAAUUUGUCUAUUUUUCAAUGAGAAAAAAGCUCAAAAUAUGGUUAUGUUAUGGGUUAGGAUUAAGAUUAGAUGAUGUUGGUGAAUUCAAAACUUAUGAAUUAUUUAUUAUUACUCUCCUCUGGGUAUCGAGUAUCGACACUUUCCGGUUUGCUUGGGCUACUUCCGCAUCGGUUUGAUUGAGAUACUGUCUGAGUAUCCUCAUUUUUAUAUACAUCCUCUUAUUAAAAUCGAGAAAUUUAUAUGGUUGUUGGUGGAUUUGAAAUUGGAAGGAACACCGGAAAGUGCGUCUUCGAUGGAUAGAUAAAAAAAAAAAAAGGUGUCUGCUUUUUGUUCAGUUGUGUUUUGCUUCUUUCUUUUAGUUUGAACAAAAUUAGUACUGCCGGUCUCACUGUUACUAGCCGAGCACGAGCUAGCUGGCUGACCAGAAUGGUUGCGAGUUGACAAAGGCAUUACCCGUUGUUGCCUUUAUAACUGAAAGAAAACAUCGAUGGGAGGUCAAAGCUCAAAGAUUGUUACAUGUUGUUGGAAUUCAUCUCACAAGACUGCUGCUCUUGAAGCUCCAUAUGUUGAAAACGAAGAGAUUGAUAGUGAGGUAACAGAUGUGCCGUCUUUUAGUGAAUACACACUAGAAGAGCUUAAGAUCGCCACCUCUGGUUUCGCUUUGGAGAAUGUUGUAUCUGAACAUGGAGAAACAGCUCCAAAUGUUGUCUAUCAAGGGAAACUGGUGACUCAUAAGAAGAUUGCUAUCAAGCGCUUUUCUGGAACUUCCUGGCCUGAUCCACGCCAUUUCCUGGAAGAAGCAAUAUCGGUUGGUCAGCUACGCAGCAAAAGAAUGGCCAAUUUACUCGGCUAUUGUUGUGAAGGCGGUGAGAGGUUACUUGUGGCUGAGUUUAUGCCUAAUGAGACACUAGCCAAACACCUUUUCCACUGUAAAAGAAAAAAUUCAUUUGAUCAGUUUUCUUUUAAUGCUCUUUUUAGAUUGUUUGCCUUUGUAUUUGCAUUAUCACUUUUAACAUCUACCACCAGGGGAUNUGCUUCAUCUCUCUGCCUUAGAGUUCCUGAAGUCUGGAAAGCUCUUGAAUACUGUAGUAACAAAGGACACACGCUAUAUCAUGAUUUCAAUGCUUACAGAGUUUUGUUUGACGAGGAAUGCAAUCCGAGACUUUCAACCUUUGGGUUAAUGAAGAAUCGUCGGGAUGGUAAAAGUUAUACCACAAAUCUUGCUUUCACCCCUCCUGAGUAUCUACGAACUGGGAGAAUCACAGCAGAGAGUGUAAUCUACAGCUUUGGCACUCUUCUGCUUGAUCUUCUCACCGGAAAGCAUAUUCCUCCUAGCCAUGCCCUUGAUUUGAUUCGAGACAGAGACCUUCAGACUCUAACUGAUUCCUGCUUGGAGGGAGAAUUUUCCGACAGUGAUGGCAUGGAGUUAGUACGCCUGGCAUCUCGCUGUCUUCAGCAUGAAACUCGUGAGCGACCAAGCAUAAAAUCGUUGGUCACUGCGCUGAUAUCUCUCCAGAAAUACACAGAGGUUCCGUCUUAUGUUCUAAUGGGUAUGCCUCAGAGUGGUACUUUUGCGUUACCUCCGUCCCCUUUUGCUGAGGCUUGUUCGAGACAAGACCUGACUGCUAUGCUCGAGUUCUUGGAUAAAAUUGGAUACAAAGACGAUGAAGAUCUUUCGUUUCUGUGGACGGAGCAGAUGCAAGAGGCUAUAAACUCGAAGAAAAAAGGCGACAUUGCAUUCAGAAGGAAAGACUUUAGUGAAGCCAUUGAGUUUUACACGCAGUUUCUUGAUUUGGGAAUGAGCUCUGCAACAGUCUUUGUGCGGCGCAGUCUAAGUUACCUGAUGAGUAACAUGGCGAAAGAAGCUUUAGAUGAUGCAAUGAAGGCUCAAGGCAUUUCUCCUGUGUGGUACGUUGCAUUGUAUCUGCAGUCUGUUGCUCUUGCCAGCCUGGGGAUGGAGAAGGAAUCUCAAAUCGCACUAACUGAAGGAUCCAACCUUGAAGCCAAAAAGAUUUCAGCUUCCACACAGAACUAAAGACAUUGGGUUUUGUAAAAGAUGAAGAAGCUAUCAUUCAAUGAAGGGAAACAAUCGAAAGGUAAUCUGUUGUCCCAUUUGAAGCUAAGAAGGUUUAGGUGUUGGUUAUACUAUCUAAAACUUAAACAAGGCAGACGCUAAUCCAUUGUUUUCAGUUGGUACAUAAGACCUUGGGAUGUAUGGACACCAAGAGAAUAUUAUACAAACUCCAUUAACAAA